AUGGCGGCCAUGCAACAGAAGGCGCAGUAUUGGUCGUCCGCCAGGGGGACUGACGAUGUCAAGCGCGUCGCAUCCAGGGUAGUGGUUUUGGCGGAUGGCGCUGUUAGAGGUACAAAGUAUUGGAAUGGGGAUUACUUUGAGUUCUAUGGUAUACCGUAUGCCACUGUGCCUAAAGGAAGGGACAGGUUUCAGGCACCUUUACCUCCUGAGCCUUGGCAAGGUGUGUUUGAAGCAUCAAAAAAGCAAACAUUAUGUAAACAAUGCUACAUGGGCGGAGACGACGAUUAUUUAGUCGAUGGAGAAGAAGAAUGCCUCUUCAUAAACUUGCUAGUACCUGAAUUAGCCUCUGAAACCAAUCUACUUCCUGUUAUUGUGUACAUACAUAGUGGAGCAUUCUCUGGAGGCAGUGGCAAUAUGGCUAAUGGCAAUUACCUAGCAAGACAUGACGUUAUAGUCAUUAACUUCAAUUAUAGAUUGGGAGCAUUAGGUUUUGCAUGUUUGGGCAACAAAGAAAUACCAGGAAAUGCUGCUCUAAAAGACCAAGUAGCAGCUUUGAGGUGGAUUAAUAAGAACAUUAAGAAAUUCGGAGGUGAUCCUAAUCGUGUCACUCUAGCAGGAUUCAGUGUUGGUGCGACAAUGGCCGAGUUACUCUCUCUGUCUAAAGCUACGACUGGUUUGUUCAAUAAACUCAUUUUAGAAAGCGGCUCAGCUUUAGCUCCUUUCGCUAUAAACAGAGAUCCAAUAAGUACAGCUAAAAAUAUAGCUAUAUCACUCGGUUAUAAUGGAACGAUCAGCUUGGAAGGUUUGACUGAAUUUUAUUUAAAUGCUUCAGUAGAUAGUUUGGCAGAGAAAAGUGUUAAUUACCAUUUACAAAACAGUACAUUCGGUUUUGCUCCAUGUAUUGAAAAUAUUCAUGAAGAUAUAGAACCGAUACUGACGGAAUCGCCCUUAGACAUUCUAAAGAAAGGCCAAAACAAUCAUGUGUCUGUACUAACUGGUUUUGCAGACAUGGAAGGUUUAAGUAGAUCUAUUAAAUUCGGUGUAUGGCGAGAGGAAAUGAAUGAAGAUUUUUCUAAAUUUCUACCAGCUGAUCUUAAAUUUGAUAACGACAAAGCAAGAGAUGAGUUUAUAAGUGAAGUUAAAAAGCAUUACUUCAAUAAUAAACCAGUUAAUGCCGAAGCGCUUCAAAAAUAUAUUGAUUAUUUCUCAGACUCGAUGUUUAAAUACAAUAUUCUUGAUUCAGCAAAAUUGCAUACAUCUCAAAGGAAAAAACCAGUGUAUCUCUAUGAGUUUACUUAUACAGGCAAGCUUAAUGUUGAACAUAAUUACAUGGAUAGAAUAAAAGGUGCCAGUCACAGAGACCAAACAGCGUAUAUUUUGGACUUCCAUGCACAAUCAAGUAGUUACAAAGAUCUGGAUACCAGAGAUCGUUUGACAACCAUGUGGACUGACUUUGUAAAAUAUGGAAAUCCAACAGCAUUUGAAAGCGCACUAAUAAAUGUUAAGUGGCUUCCGUACAAAAAUAGCAACAAGCAGUAUUUAGAGAUCGGUAAAAAAUUAACAAUGAAGAAAGACCUCUUUGAAGAUGGAUAUAAUUUUUGGUACCAAGUUUACGAAAGGUAUUACUGGACUCCAACUGCACCAAAAUUUAUAGAAAUUGAAGAAAAGAUUAUUCCGUUAGCAAAAGAAGUUCCUCAAAAAAAGAAAACUGCUAAGAAAGAGAAACCUGUAAAGGAAGAGGAAAGUUCAAUAACUAACAUUACUCCGAAAGAAAAAAGUAAUACGGAAGAAAAGGAAUCACUGAAAGAAAAGGGUAUUCUGAAAGAAGAAAAUACUAAUACAGAAAAGAAACAACAAAAGGAGGACUCAAGGAUAUCUUUAACAAAAGAGAAUAAUACAGAAAAAGAAGCUUUAAAAGAAAAGAUACCUCCAAAAGAAAGAAAGACGUUGAAAACAGAGGAUAAUACCGAAGCAAAUAAAGUUAAGAAAAAUGACGUUCUAAAAGAAAAUAAACCUACAGAAGCAGAAGAAUCUGUGAAAACAAAGGAAACUCCUAUACCUAAAGAAAAUACGAAAGAGUCUCCAAAAGAAGACAUUCCAAAAGCAAAACCAAUUCCAAAAUCUAAGGUUACACCAAAUGAAAAGCAGACUGUGAAAGAAACGAAUAAAGAAUAA